GCAAGUCAGCCAUCGCUGUACACAGCUACAGUAACUAUUUUAACAUAGAUUGGUCCUUUGUUUGUAAAUAUGAGAGUUCUUGUGACAUUAUGCGUUCUCAUGUCCCUCACCGCCGUCACCUUGGCGUGGAAUCGACCCCCUGUCGGAGGGCGUUCUCUGGGAGGAUCAACCUCCAGCCGAUUCGCUAGCCUUCUGAAAUCCAGAAAGUCGUCCUUGUUUGGUGCCCGCGUCCGUGACGGUUCCAGCAUCUUCAGCGCCCUCUCCGCCAAGACCAAACAGCCAAUCUGUUACUUUGACAGGAAUGGCGUCCCCCAGUACGAAUGGCCUACCAAGGAAAAGCUGUGCUUCGACAAGUCCUACAAGUACCCUGUUGACCGUGUGUUCAGUGCCCUGGAAAAUGACCCCGACGCAAUGGAGUACAUGCUGCUGGUGCAGGGAUGCUACCUCCACAACAAGAUGAACUCCACCGGCCACUACCCCGCCUACCGAUACAAGGAUCUGUGUUCCGAGAACACCGAGCUCCUGGAGAGAAUCUGGUGGACCAACACCGCGAACGGGCGCCGAGAGGUCUGCUACGUCAUCAUGCCUGAAGCCCAGGGAAUUGAAGUCGCUCAAUGCGGAGGUCACUGCGUCAUGGACACCACGGAGGUGAAACACCACUACUGCGUCCCCGACGGCAUGGUUGAACGUGAUAUCUACGUCUUCUGUCCCGGCGAGAUCAAGCAGUGCCGCAGAACCCGCGUCACCAUCCCCACCGGAUGCAGCUGUAAGAAAUACGAAUGUCUCAAGUAUCAGUUUGUGUAAACCAUGGUUUACACUCCCUCUGCGAAGUCGUACUUUUACGCAUGUGUAAUAGUGGCGUAAUUGCAAGGACUCUACGUCAUGCCAAAUACAGAUAUGUAUACACAAACAGAGAUCUCUUACGACAUGUUUACGAAUACGUAAAUGUUACGAACAUAAUUGAACAGGCCGGAAAAUGUUUGUAACAGAUUUUAUGUUCUUCAUAAAAAUUUCUCAAUAUGACAGGUAUAUUUCGACUUGUAAAUAGACUUUUAAUGAUCUUAAGUUUGAGGAAUCUGUUUUACCAUUAUAUGUUAUCAUCUGUACAUAUAUCAUGCGCGCACGUGUAAGUUGUUUGUUUACUCUGUACAUAACGUGUAUAUUUAUCUGUGGAGUUCGCAACAUAUUUGUUACCAUUAUCUGAUGCCAACUUUGUGAAACACAUAAAAUCACUAUGAAUAAUACUUUUCAGAUUUUUUGGUGAUGUUUACCGUGAAUAAUUUACAGAUAAUAAAACACAACUGAAUAAAA